AUGCGCCACACAGACACGGCUACUCGACACGGCACAGAAGGAGGGCCUGAAAGAGAAGUGAGUGUCUCACAGACUGUGGAGCAGUAUCAGUGGGCCAGUGGCUGCUUGGCCGUUUGUGAGACGCACCACUGGGCUGUCUCUAUUUGGGCUCUUGCGUUUGCGUAUAUGAAGCCUGGGAUGUGGUUGGAUGAGAUUCUCAUUGAGUUUGGAAGUGGUCCUGAGCGCGUGACUUGGAGGGUUGUGCAAGGUGGGAUGGGCAGUUUGGCGGCGAAGACAAGACUCGUACAGACGGAGCAUCAGGCGUUGUACACACCGAGCGUCGGUGCCCAAUUGGGCCAAGACGAGGCCAUGUGCCGUCGAGCAGAUACGAGGGACAAAGGCGAUGCGAACAAUGUGAGGGGGGGCGAAGACGGGUAG